ACUUGUCACUGGAGCCUUUGCUGAAACCACUUGUUCAUCGACUGGACAAGUUGCCUUUGAAGCUAUAGUGAUUAUUUGUUUGUUGUAUGGAGCUGGAGCUGUGGUUGCAGCUACUGGUUCAAUGCAUGGAGCUACCACUGGAACUGUGGUUGUAACUACUGGUUCACUGCAUAGAGUUACCACUGAAGCUGUGGCUGUGAAUACUGGUUCACUGUAUGGCAUUACCACGGGAGCUGCGAGUGUAGUUACUGGUUCAUUGCAUAGAGUUACCACUGAAACUGUGGCUGUGACUGUGACUACUGGUUCAUUGCAUGGAGUUACCACUGAGUCUGUGGUUGUAGCUACUGGUUUACUGCAUGGAGUUACCACUGACGCUGUAUCUGUGACUACUGGUUCACUGCAUGGAGUUACCACUAAAGCUGUGGCUGUGACUACUGUUACCACUGAAGCUGUGGCUAAGAGUACUGGUUCACUGCAUGGAGUUUCCACUGGAGCUGUUGCUGUGACUACUGGUUCACUGCAAGGAGUUACCACUGAAGCUGUGGUUGUGACUGCUGGUUCACUGCAUGGAGUUACCACUAAAGCUGUGGCUGUGACUACUGGUUCACUGCAUGGAGUUACCACUGAAGCUGUGGUUAUGACUACUGGUUCACUGCAUGGAGUUACCACUGAAGCUGUAUCUGUGACUACUGGUUCACUGCAUGGAGUUACCACUGAAGCUGUGGCUGUGGCU